AUGUCAUUAAAUAUUUUAGUUAUUGGUAAUGGGGGUAGAGAACAUGCUAUUGUAUGGAAAUUAUUACAAUCACCAACUGUUAAUCAUAUAUAUGUUGCACCAGCUAACGGAGGUACAACAACUCAAUCUUCAAAAGUUACAAAUGUACCAAUAAAUUCAUCACCAAAAGACUUUGAUAAAUUAAAAGAAUUUGCAUUGGAUAAAAAAAUUAAUUUAGUUAUACCUGGACCUGAACAACCAUUAGUUGAUGGUAUAAGUGGAGUUUUCACUAAAGUUGGUAUACCUGUAUUUGGUCCAUCACCAAAAGCUGCAAGAUUAGAAGGAUCAAAAGCAUUUUCAAAAGAUUUUAUGGACAAACAUCAAAUACCAACUGCUAAAUUUCAAAAUUUUACUGAUGUAAAUAAAGCUAAAGAAUAUAUUGAAUCAAUAGAUUAUAAAUUAGUUUUAAAAGCUGAUGGUAUAGCUGCUGGAAAGGGAGUUUUAAUUCCAGAAACAAAAGAAGAAGCAUUAAAAGGAUUAAAUGAAAUUAUGGUUGAUAAGAAUUUUGGAUCAGCAGGAGAUGAAAUUGUUAUUGAAGAAUAUUUAGAAGGUGAUGAAUUAAGUAUAUUAACUAUUACUGAUGGAUAUUCAUUUUAUAAUUUACCUGCUGCUCAAGAUCAUAAAAGAAUAAAUGAUGGUGAUAAAGGUUUAAAUACAGGAGGUAUGGGAGCAUAUGCACCAGCACCAAUUGCAACAAAAGAAAUAUUAGAUAAAAUCGAUAAAGAAAUUAUAAAACCAACUAUUGAUGGUAUGAGAAAAGAUGGAUUCCCAAUGUGUGGUAUAUUAUUUACUGGUAUAAUGUUAACACCAUCAAAUCAACCAAAAGUUUUGGAAUAUAAUGUAAGAUUUGGAGAUCCAGAAACUCAAACUGUUUUACCAUUAUUAAGUGAUGAUACUGAUUUAGCUCAAGUUAUGUUAGCAGCUGCUGACCAUAGAUUAGAUUCUGUUAAAAUUUCAACUAAAUCAUUAUUUUCUACAACUGUUGUUAUGUCUGCAGGUGGAUAUCCAGAAUCUUAUAAAAAGGGCGAUGAGAUUACAAUAAAAACUCCAUUACCUUCAGAUACUUUUGUUUUCCAUGCAGGUACCUCAACAACUGAAGAUAAUAAGAUUGUUACAAAUGGUGGUAGAGUUAUAGCAGCCACAGCUAUUGCAUCAACUUUAAGAGAAUCAGUUGAUAAAGCUUAUGAAGGAGUUGAAUUUAUUAAAUUUGAUGGUAAAUAUAAUAGAAAAGAUAUUGCACAUAGAGCUUUUAGAGAUGCUGAUAAAUUUAUGAAUCAACAACAAGGAGGUGGUGUUACAUAUGCAGAAGCUGGAGUUUCAGUAGAUAAUGGGAAUUUAUUAGUUGAAACAAUUAAAGCAAAAGUUAAAUCUACUUCAAGACCUGGAGCAGAUUCAGAUAUUGGUGGAUUUGGUGGAUUAUUUGAUUUAAAAGCCGCAGGUUAUAAUACAUCAAAUACUUUAUUAGUAGCAGCAACAGAUGGUGUUGGUACAAAAUUAAGAAUUGCACAAAUUAUGAAUAUUCAUAAUACUGUUGGUAUAGAUUUAGUUGCAAUGAAUGUAAAUGAUUUAGUUGUACAAGGAGCUGAACCAUUAAUGUUUUUAGAUUAUUUUGCAACUGGUAAAUUAGAUGUCGAAAUUGCUGCAUCUUUUGUUGAAGGUGUUGCUAAUGGUUGUAUUGAAGCAGGUUGUGCAUUAGUUGGUGGAGAAACUUCAGAAAUGCCAGGAAUGUAUGAUGAAGGUCAUUAUGAUACUAAUGGAACAGCUGUUGGUGCAGUAAAUAAAGAUAAAAUUUUACCAAAAAUAAAUGAAAUGAAACAAGGUAAUAUAUUAAUUGGUUUAAAAUCAAAUGGUAUACAUUCAAAUGGAUUUUCAUUAGUUCGUAAAAUUAUAGAAAUAAGUCAAUUUGAUUAUCAAUCCCCAGCUCCAUGGAAUGAAUCAAAAACCAUAGGAGAAGAAGUAUUAAUACCAACAAAAAUAUAUGUUAAACAAUUAAUAUCAAGUAUAAAUGAUGAUUUAUUAUUAGGUUUAGCUCAUAUAACAGGUGGUGGAUUAAUUGAAAAUAUUCCAAGAGCAUUACCAAAAAAUUUACAAGCUAAAAUUAAUAUUAAAAAUUGGGAAGUUCCAACUAUAUUUAAAUGGUUUGGUAAACAAGGUAAAGUUCCAUAUAAUGAUAUAUUAAAAACUUUUAAUUUAGGUAUUGGUAUGGUAUUAAUUGUUGAAAAAGAAAAUGUAACAAAAGUUUUAAACAAUUUAAAAUCAAAUGGUGAAAAAGAUGCAGUUAUAAUUGGUGAAUUAAUUAAUAAACCAGAAGGAGAAGAAAGAUGUAUUGUUGAAAAUAUUGAUGGAUUAUAUUAA